AUGUUCUUCCGCACUACCCUUCUUCUCAUAACGGCCCCUAUCGCUGCCCUGGCGGACUGCCAGCAGAAGGACCACAGCAAGCACCGCUGCACCAUCUUGGACCUGGACAACUGUUACGGUGAUAACAACAGCGCCGGCCUCGUCGAAGAAAAACAAGGCCACUUCACCUCCAAGUGCAGCGGCUGCAUCCUCCAGGGCGACAAGAACCGCGAGCUCCGCUGCUUCUGCCAGACGGACAACGGCGCGGGAGUCAUCUCGAUGGUCGACAUGAACCACCUCGUCGGGAACUCCAACGGCUACCUGCAGUGCUGGGGCAUCAACGGCGGCCAUACGUGCUGA